CCACCCCGGCGGACCUCUUUUCUGAAAACAGACCACCAUUCCCAUUUCCCUCCGCCACAAAAACCCCCUGGUGGCGGCUGCAGCGACAAACGCACACUCCCGUCACUAGACUUUGUCUCGCAGUUUUUAGCAAUUCUCUCUAUUCUUUUUCGUUUUCAGCUCAAUGGCCACUGCUCUAUAUCUGAGUAAUUUAACCCGACUUGCUCCAUCAUCUCUCCCUCUCUCGUCUUCUUUUACAUCUCGUUCUUAUCUUUUAUUCUUUCCUCGUUCUUUCAAUGCCCUGCUUAGAGAACCUCGCGGCAAAAUUUUCAAGUUACACUGUAAAUUUCCCGGCUUUAGCUCUAACUCAAUUUUCUUUAACUCUACAUUUCCUCGCUGCCGUUUCUCCUCCAUUUCCGCUUCAACUAAUGCAGAUGGAAAUAGCUAUGUUGAAGGGGUGCAUGAGAUAUAUGAUGUGAUAGUAGUAGGAGGUGGUCAUGCGGGCUGUGAAGCUGCACUUGCAUCAGCCCGUUUAGGGGCGAAAACGCUUCUUCUAACACUUAACAUUGACCGGAUAGCUUGGCAGCCUUGUAAUCCAGCUGUUGGUGGACCUGCAAAAUCCCAGUUGGUGCAUGAGGUGGAUGCAUUGGGUGGUGAAAUUGGAAAGGUAGCUGAUAGAUGUUAUUUGCAAAAGCGUGUGCUUAACACCUCAAGAGGCCCUGCUGUUAGGGCAUUGCGUGCACAGACUGAUAAGAGGGAAUAUGCAAUGGAAAUGAAAAAAAUAGUAGAGAGUACCCCAAACCUUUCUGUUAGAGAGGCAAUGGUGACAGAUAUUUUGCUGGGAAAGAAUGACAAUGUGGAAGGUGUUUGUACAUUUUUUGGGAUGAACUUCUAUGCACCUUCUGUGGUUCUCACUACUGGCACUUUUAUGAGUGGCCAAAUCUGGGUUGGUAGAACUUCUAUGUCUGCAGGAAGAGCUGGCGAAUCAGCUUCACAUGGCCUAACAGAAAAUCUGCAGCGCCUUGGAUUUGAAACUGAUCGACUGAAAACUGGCACACCUGCCCGCGUGGAUAUUCGCACUGUGGAUUUCACCGGACUGGAGCCCCAGCAUGGAGAUGAAGAGGUGAGCUGGUUUAGUUUUGAUCCUGAGUUUCACAUAGAAAGGGAACAGAUGUGCUGUUAUUUGACUCGUACUACAACAAUAACUCAUCAAUUAAUCAAGGAUAAUUUGCAUGAAACUCCUACUUAUGGAGGAUGGGUUGAAGCGAAGGGACCCAGAUACUGCCCCUCCAUUGAGGACAAAAUUGUUAGAUUCCAAGACAAGGAUUCACAUCAAAUAUUUCUUGAGCCAGAGGGUAGAAAUGUUCCUGAGCUAUAUGUGCAGGGAUUCUCUACUGGUUUACCUGAGAGACUGCAAUUGCCGCUCCUAAGAUCAUUACCAGGACUUGAGAACUGUUCAAUGCUGAGGCCUGCUUAUGCUGUAGAGUAUGAUUACUUGCCUGCUCAUCAGUGUCAUCGGACACUUAUGACAAAAAAGAUUGAAGGACUCUUUUUCUCUGGUCAAAUAAAUGGAACAACAGGCUAUGAAGAAGCUGCUGCUCAGGGCAUUAUUUCUGGAAUUAAUGCUGCUAGGCAUUCAGAUGGAAAGUCGCUUAUAGUUCUUGAAAGGGAAAGUAGUUAUAUUGGAACUUUGAUUGAUGAUCUGGUAACCAAAGAUCUUCGAGAGCCCUACCGUAUGUUAACAAGCCGUUCAGAACAUCGUUUGCUUCUCCGAGCUGACAAUGCUGAUAGUCGUCUCACUCCUCUUGGGCAUGAAAUUGGUUUAAUAGAUGAUAAGCGUUGGAAGAAAUACCAGGAUAAGCAAGCUCAAAUUUCAGAGGAGAAAAAGCGACUGAAGACAGUAAGAAUAUCAGGCGGAGAUUUAGUUGCCGAAGUUACUGCUCUGUCUUCUCAGCCAGUGAGGGAUGCAUCAACAUUGGAGAGUCUGCUGAAGAAACCGCAUAUUCAGUACAAACUUCUCGAUAAGCAUGGUUUUGGAAAUGACCUCCUAUCUAGUGUGGAAAAAGAAUGUGUGGAGAUUGAUAUCAAGUAUGAGGGUUUCAUUACUCGCCAGAAACUGCAACUCCAACAGAUGGUUCAUCAACAACACAGACCACUUCCGCAGGAUAUAGAUUAUCAUGCAAUAACAACAUUGUCUCUUGAAGCACGUGAGAAACUGUCAAAGGUCAGGCCACAAACUAUUGGUCAAGCAAGUAGAGUUGGUGGAGUUAGCCCUGCUGACAUUACUGCACUCCUGAUCAUCCUUGAGUCAAACAGGAGGAAAGCCCAGGACAAAAGACAUCAUCAACUGCAGGCCUCUGCUGUGACAGAUGAAGGCCCAAAGAUGACAGAAACUGCUUUAUAAGGCGCAGUCGGCUCUUCAAAUUUUCCAGCGGUUCAUUCUUUGUGCAUUUUUCACAGGAGUUUCUUAUCACUGACUGAAGAUCUUCAAAUUUGAAUGACAUCAACAUUAGGCAAGCUAUGAAAUUUGUGAAUAUAGGAAUAUUUGAUAACUGAAAUGAGAAUUUUGGCCAGGCCUCCAAAUGGAAGAAAGACGAGUCGUACGGCCUGGGAAGGUGUAAGUUGGUGUGAAUAAGUUCCAAAUGUAGCAGAGAUGGCCUUUUUGCUCUUGUUUUGCGCACAAUCCUCCACCCACUCUUGUAUAUAUUGUUCGCAUUAGCUUCAAAAAUGAUUACUCAAAAGUAUCUAUUAUCGUGUAAAUACUAAUCUUGCUUCUAACCACAAGUUUCAUGGAUUUUUAUAAAGGUUCCGUUUUAAUUGUUGAGACA